AUGGCCAGUCUGCGGAGGGUGGAAAAAUACAUACCGGAAGUAAACAAAGACGUGCAACGGGAAGGUGUUCCCACGGUUGUUAAACACAGACGUGCUGUGAACAUCCCAAUCUCCUCCGACUGUGAGCUGGACAUUGAUCACAGUUACAGUGUGCACUGUGAACCUGAGGGCUUCUUCAUUCAGCCUGAGAGUAAAACAUUUGAUUCCAGGUUUGGACCAAACUACUACCUGGCAUUUCUAGUUUCCCUGACGACGAGCACAGAGAGAGUGGUUUUGAAGGUCAAGGACCAAGGUGGAAACGUAGUCUGGUAUUGUCGCGUGUCACUGGAAGAUCCAAGGAAUGAAUUGUCCCAGAGAAAUGUCCCAGCAGAGAGCAGAGUCUCAGCAGUGAUCAUAGACCCAGCAGAGAGCAGCGUCCCAGCAGAGAGCAGAGUCCCAGCAGUGAUCAUAGACCCAGCAGAGAUCAUAGUCCAAGCAGAGAACAGAGUCCCAGCUGUGAGCAGAGUCCCUGCAUCUGGAGUCAUCAAUGAAUCUGAAAUGACGUCGGCCAGAACCAAACCCCAAAAUGACGGAGCACGAGAGGUGGUGGACGCGGUGCGAAGAAAAGGAGCUGCAGCCAGCAGGGUUCUGAUCAAUGCUCUCCGUGAGCUGGACCCGUAUCUUUACGAAGAGCUCAACUUGAGCUGA